UGUUUUGACAAGCAGUGGGGAGGGAAGUGAGGAGGGCAGGCAGACUGUAAAGCAUCACGACAAGGAGGACUCGCUGUUCCUUUUAUCUGCAUUUCGGCUGAAUGUUAUUAGUAUCAACACAGUCUUCUAGUCGUGGCUGUCAGCUGGCGUGUCAGCGGGGAAAUCGCUGUUGCUACGGGAAACGUCGUCGUCGUCGUAGCCGGAGCGCCGGAGCGGAGUCGAACCAUUUGUUGUUGCUUUGAAAAGUUUUAAUGAAGCUCGCAAAGGAAGUCAGUACAGGUGGCAUUUCUUACCUUCCGUAUACAGAGACAGUUCAAGCAGUGUGGAGGGGAAGAAACUGGACCAUGUCAGGCUGAUAUUGGUUAACAUUUCUUUAAUGAAAACACAAUAUCGAGACGGUCCGUCGUCGGAAAAUCAGUGUUUGUGUUUGUUGAGUUGCGACUAGCUGUGGGGGCUGGGUGUUUGCGGGGGUCUCCUGUAGACUAAGCAGUCACGAUAAAGUUAGUUGGUCGUGUUAAGUCUCCAGCUAGCUCACACUGCUGGGUUAGCAAAGCCCUGCACUGGCGGAGCCGACGAAACAGGAGAGGAGACAGAGAGAUGCAUCGCGACGUAACUAUGGUUCAGGUGGAGGAAUUUGAGAUAUUCAGUGAGGGAAGCUUGCUUGCUAGUUAAAUCACUAGUAGUAUCAGAUUUGGGGGGGGGGGGUGGAUCGAUAGCAAGCAGAUUGACAACUGUAUAACCUAACGCUGACUGUAACUUAGCGUUUGCUAUCAGCUUGUCUUUGUGUUAGUCAGCUGGACAAUACAGUGCGACUCGAUGGAAGCGUACAGUAGCAUGCUAACAAAGCGAUGCUUUGUUGUUGGGUAGGGGCACCUGGCACCAACACGCAGGCUUCACAGCUGAUAUUUCUGCCUAGCUAAUACAGCAGGUCUCCGUCACCGAGAGGUUCGGUAGGGUGCAGACAACGUUGUGUGUUGCUGUGUGAUAGAAAAAGAAAAGUCUCCACUGGAGGACCUGAAGGCAUCCCGAUGACACUGGACAACAUGAAGACUGAGCGAGAUGCAACUGAGGAGUUUUUCGAGUAUGAUGCAGAGGAACUUCUGGUGUUCCUGACCUUGCUCAUCACAGAGGGAAGGACUCCAGAAUACUCGGUGAAGGGCAGGACUGAGGGGCUGCACUGUCCACCAGCUCAGUCGGCCAUGCCCCCUCUUCACAAGCAUGAAUGCAGUGACAAACUGCCCCAGUGUCGGCAGGCGAGGCGAACCCGUUCUGAGGUGAUCCUGCUUUGGAGGAACAGCAUCCCCAUCAUGAUUGAGGUCAUGCUCCUGCCUGACUGUUGCUAUGGUGAUGAGUGCCCCCCUAGUGACCCCAUCAGUGACCCGGUCAUCAAACAAGAUGCUCUGCUGCUAGAGAGGUGGACCCUGCAGCCAGUUCCAAGACAAAGCGGUGAUCGCUUCAUUGAGGAGAAGACCCUACUGUUGGCUGUUCGCUCCUACGUCUUCUUCUCCCAGCUCAGCGCCUGGCUUAGUGCCUCCCAUGGCAUCGUCCCCAGAAACAUCCUGUACAGGAUCAGUGCUGCUGAUGAGGAGCUGGUGUGGCAGUUUUCCCAGCCGCCUUCAGAGCACAUUUUCCCCAUCCCCAAUGUAUCCCAGAGUGUCGCACUCCAGGUUCAUGUCCAGUCGCUCCCCCGCCAACCCACCUACCCUACCCUGGCUUGCAGCAUCCAUACGGGCCUCCCACCGCUUUACAGCAAGACCUCCAGCCUCAGUCCAAACUUCAACACCCACAGUUGUCUGCCAACCUUCAAAAAGAGCCAGGACCUCAGCAAAGACAACCUCCUUCACAACUCUAACAUGUUCAGCAAAAGCUCCAAUACUCCUGGCCUUGUCCUCAAUGGAUUACCCAUUCCUAAUCUUCCCAUCAACAACAUCCCUAUUAACAGCCUUCCACAAACUGUAGUGCCACAUCCUUACAGCAAGAAGAGCCAGGAGCCUGCUGAAGAUCACUCGUAUCAGAACGGAGAGCUUCCGCAGGUCAGCAUCCCCCAACAUCAGGGCUCCCCUCUCUUCCACAGAUCCUCUCACUCCCCCAAGCCCUCCCGCUCCCACUCGCCCUCUCCGCUCCGCACAGGCAAAGCGGGGAAGUGGCUGUACACGGCUCUCAAUGGUUCAUCUGACCCCACACUAGUGGAGGACCAUGGGCCUGGCAUCAACAGCCUUGACAAGUCAAAGGCACCCAUCCCUGAGCCAUUGAGAGCAUUUAAGAAUUUCUCCUUGGCUGAACCGCCCCGCUGCCCCUCUCCAAGGCCCUCUGGAUCUGAGACAAACCCUCUGAUUGGUUCCCUGCUCCAGGAAAGACAGGAAGUCAUCGCCCGCAUUGCACAGAGGCUCAACUUCUGCGACCCCACAGCACCGCCCCUCCCUCCUGGCCUUUUUGCCUCUGACAACCCUCCCAAAGCCAUGUGGGGCAGUAACCAUGACGAUAUAACUGCCAGUAAGACCAAAGAGGCGGAGGUACCGCCCCAUGAAUCUGUGGGACGUGUGUGGCCUAGUCCCUUCAACACACCUGUGACUGACACUUCGUACUGCAAACGGGAGAGCUCCUCCCCUAAACCUGCAGCCUGCAGGAAGCUGAAAAUGACAGAGAUGAGAGACAUAGAGGAAGAGAGAAACAGAGAGACGGAGAGAGCAAAAGAGAAGGAGAGUGGUAGAGACAGCUCUCUGAUCGCCCAGGCGGUUCAAGACAUUACCAGACUCAUUCAGGAGAGACUGUCUGUACCCUCUCUGUCCCCCAGGCACAGCAGGAGCGGCAGCCCACUGCACCACACGCACACAACAACAAUCACCCACACGGUCCGCACAUACUCAAACACAGCGCAUAGCCCACAAGCCUCACACACUGCCACCAAUGGCUACUCUAAUGGUAACAUGCCAAGCCAUGAACCUCACAGAGGCAGCACGCACACUGCUGCCACACACGCGCCCAUUUGCACAGACAAGCCCCAAGUUGAUCCGGGGGCAGAAUGCCAUUCACCCCGGGCCCGAAACGGUGCUCACUUUACACUUGAAGAACCCUCAUUUAAAGGCCAGCCUCAAAUCCAGACUGGUCAGUGUUUACGAACUCGCCCACAGGAAAAACUCAGAGUCAGGACACCCAGCAGCCAUGAAACCCCCCCUAGCACCCCUGUCCUUGAGAACAGCCUACGGAAUACCCACAUCUUUAGUUGGACUUGCAAUGAUGCCAGCCCAGCUGUGAACUGUAACACAAGCCACCACAACCACAGCCAGCCUCAGCCUCAGUAUCAGAUGCAGAUGCAGACAUGUGCACCAGCCCAAGCCUCUGCCCUGCAGGAUGAGAACCAGGCACCCUCUGACUCUGGAUGCUCCGGCACCUCAAGUCCAGACAUGACCCCUCCUUCUACUGUCCUGCGAGCUCACAGCCCCUCCCCCCUACGUCCCUGCAACAGCUGGAAGAAACACAAUCGCCACUCAUUAGACGCCACAGCAACCAAGGCCUUCCACCCCUGUACAGGCCUGCCUCUGCUCUCCAGCCCUGUUCCUCAGAGGAAAAAUCAAACAGGCUAUUUUGACCUUGACACCUCUCUGGCUGGUUGUAAGGGUUUGCCUUGGGCCUCUGGGAAAAGGGUGUGUCCAAAAAGAGAGGGCUGCACAGAUGAGUCACAGCAGCUGUUCAGUGCCAGCGCUCCACCUGCCAGUCUCAGUCUGCUGGGAAACUUUGAGGAGUGUGUACUGAACAAUCGCCUGGAGCCUUUAGGGAUGGUCGAUGGUUUUACAGCUGAGGUCGGGGCCAGCGGCUCCUUCUGUCCCAGUCACCUGACCUUACCUGUUGACGUGUCAUUCUACAGUGUCUCCGAUGACAAUGCUCCAUCACCAUAUAUGGGUGUGAUAAACCUGGAGUCCCUGGGGAAAAGAGGCUACCGUGUACCUCCAUCAGGAACCAUUCAAGUGACCUUAUUCAACCCCAACAAGACAGUGGUGAAGAUGUUUGUUGUGAUGUAUGAUCUAAGAGCCAUGCCAGCUGGACACCAGACCUUCCUUCGCCAGAGGACCUUCUCUGUUCCCGUCCGUCGUGACACAAACAGUCAGACCAGCAGGAAGGCACUUGCCCUUAGCCACGGACGCACUUUACGCUACCUCGUUAAUCUGAGGUUCCAGAGUUCGAAGUCUGGGAAGAUCUACCUCCACAGGGACAUCCGUUUGCUGUUUUCCAGGAAGUCCAUGGAGGUGGACAGCGGUGCUGCCUACGAGCUCCAGUCCUUCACAGAGUCUCCUAUUGACCCACCAUUCUCUCCCCGCUGCUGAGACCCGACUUCCUCGCUCCCUCCGCCCUGCAGGCUGCGAGCGUAUCAUCAAUCACACCUAAAUGCCAGCGAUAGACUUUGACUCAGCCAAUGGCUAGAUGAAAAGGCUAAAAAAAAGCAGCAACUUCUGGACAGUUAUCAACAAGACUCACCUGACCUGUGCCCAAAAUGUUAAGUUUUAUCCCUUCUGUCACCCAGGACUGACAAAGAAGGUGCUAAGAGGCUAGGAGACUCGUCAGAAAUGAACGUUGUUCUCUGCUAAAAUACGAGAGUUUGGUUCAAAAGUCAAAAAAGUAAUGUUUAAGAUUGUAUUCUCCUGUUGAAGAAGGGCAGAUAUGAUAGCUGUGAGUGUGUAUCCUCCAGCAUCUGGCAAGAGAGUAGAGAACUGUCUCUACAAAAGCAAGAGUCCAGGUUAAUCUGUUUGCUCAAAAUCAAAUUAUUGAUUGGAUGUUCUAUUGACAUAAUGAAUAAAUGAUCAAUCCAAGUGUCUUUAUAAAUGCAAUACCAGGCCCUUUUAAUUGUGACUUGUUUAGUUUCAAAUCUUUGAAGAUCAAAUUGAUUGAACUGAAAGUGCAGUCGGCUUUGUCCCUGUGAUUCCUGAGCUCGGAGCAGAGGGAGUGCAUAUGGAAGAGGAAGACUGGUGCAGCGCCAUGCCCUCGUCCAAAAAACAACAUGUACCAUGGACCACUAAAGAAGUCAAACAAGCAAUCAAGCUAGAUUCAACUGAAAGCAUCAUAGCAGAUCAUCAGAAGUACACUGUGGAUCUAUUUUUCUCAUUAUAACUGGAAAUGAAACAGAAAAUAGUCAUAUUCUAAUACUUUUGUACUGUUACAGAACCACUUUAUUGGAAGUGUUGCAAUAGGAAGAGUAACCUUAGUACAGUGUUUACACAUUCACUUUCAGUUUACUUAACCAUCAGUUUAUUUAAUAUUUAAAUUAAUAUUUCAGUUACUACUUGUGACGUCUGUCAUGCUAAGAUGAUGUAGUGCAAACUGUAUAUCAUAGUAUGUAUUUUUGACAUUAAUAUUCAAAUCUGAAAAAAAAUAUAUAAAUAUAUCUUCUAAAGCUU